GUGGAAUGUUCCAUAGAUACCUGUGAAGUCUAUUUGCUCUAUGGGUCGGUCUGCACGUGUGUGAGUCUGGAGCUGGGAUAGCAGUUCAUCAUCGUAAUGGAUGAGGAUGACGUCUUAGUAGUGGAUGAUAAAAAUCAAUUGCGCAGAAUCACCCCUUGGUUAAGACAUAUUCAGGACCUAAGUAGCCGUGUGUGGGUUCUUCACAACGACGUCCUCACCGUAGUCCCUAGGAAAGAGCAAACAGUUCCAGUCACUGUCACCUUACUCCCAUGCCAAUAUGAGGAGACGCUUGAAAUGAACAGGGGGGAGCCCAUGUAUCUGGGACUGAAAAGUCCUGAAUGCUGCCUGUUCUGCACACAGGAAGGCAAGCAGCCGGUGCUGCGGCUUAAGGAAGGGGACGUGCUGGACCUGUACAGCCAGAAGGGACCUAUGAAACCUUUCGUCUUCUAUCACAGUAAGAAUGGCACAACGUCAACAUUUGAAUCUGCAGCCUUCCCUGGCUGGUUCAUCGCUGUCUGCUCCAAAGGAAGCUGUCCGCUCUUUCUGACCCAAGAACUGGGGAAAACCCACAUCACUGACUUUGAGAUGAUCGUGGUGGACUAAGGCACAUUGCUCUGUGGCACUCUCUCUCGAGAUCUCUCAGAUCCUGACAAGAAGAAGCAACCGUAUACACCCCCAACAAAGCGGAAGAGUAAAAAGAAAGCUGAGCCCUCCCGUGGCUGCCCUCUCCCUCUCUGUGACAGCUGGAUCGGCUGCAGACGAUCUUACCAUGUAUUCAUCCAAAGCAUUACUGCUGGGUUUUAUAAGGAGUGAACUUGGUGGAAUAAAAUCGUCUAUCUCA